UGGCUGCAUCAUCGAUGGCCAAUUGUUCUUCAUCGUGCGAAGUUGAAUUGCAUUGAAGUGCUUUAUUUUUGGCCCUAGUGUACCCUGGUGCUAACACGCGAGACGGUUAAGAAUCAACGAAUAGAAGGAUAUUUAAUGCACUAUUUGUUUAACGGCUUCUACAGGCUUGCACCUGUACGCACACUGCAAAUUAAAACUUACAUUAGAAGGAUGAGUACCAUUCGAGAAAUUGAAAUACCAGUGCCUUGGGGCCACAUUGCAGGUCGGGAGAGCGGUCCUGCCGACGGCCGGCCGCUGCUGAUGCUGCACGGCUGGCUCGACAACUGUGGCACCUAUGAGGCCAUCCAGACGCACCUGCCGCCCACUUACCGCUGCGUCAACAUCGACCUGCCCGGUCACGGUCGGUCCAGUCACCUGCCUCCCGGACCGAUGAUCGGCAGCGCCAUCGCACUGGGCACCUACGUGGUCCGCAUGGUACGCGACCACUACGGCUGGAGCCGGUUCUCCAUCAUGGGUCACAGCAUGGGCAGUGGUGUGGGCGUGCUGUAUGCCGCCUGCUUCCCAGAGGACGUGGCCUCACUCACCAUCCUCGACCUGGUGAAGUUCAUAACGCGGCCGGUGGAGCAGCACCCGGCCAACGCGCGCGAGGCCGUCCUCUCCUACCUGGAGGUACAGAGGAAAAUGACCACCAACGAGAGGCCGCAGUACACGUACGAGGCGCUACAGCAGCGGCUGAUCAGCGUGCUGGGCGGGGACGUGGACGCGACGGCCGCCGACGCGCUGCUGGCCAGGGGCGCGCGCCGCAACCCCGACACGGGCCUCUACGAGUCCACCUACGACCUGCGGCUGCGCACGCGCACCUUCCAGUCGAUGGACUUUGUGGGUUGGCGCGAGUUCGCCAGCCGUCUGCGCUGUCGGCUGCUGCUGGUGCUGGCCGAACAGGGCGGCACGUGGAUCUCGGCGGAGGAGGAGGCCGAGGCGAUCCAGACGUACCGGCAGGCGGUGCCCGAGCUGCGCCUGGAGCGGCUGCCCGGCGGACACCACGUGCACCUGACACACCCGGAGCGCGUGCUGCCCAUCAUCAACGAGUUCCUGACGGCCGAGCCGGACACGGCGGCGGUGACGACGGCGGCAGCGACCGGCCGCAGCGGGCUCUGACGAGUGGGCAGCUGACAUGGGCCGGUCGCUCUGGCGGCCCGAUAGGCACCAAUAGAAGUUCGUCGUGACUCGCUCGUUGUGCGUGACACGCUCGAGCCUCUUUAUAUGAAGAUGACUCUAGAUGGUUAUACUUAUCGCACGCUGCUCGAUUGUGUAAUGCUGCGCCAUCAGGGACUAGAUUUAAGGACCGCACACCGCACGGCCUUUUAUCAAGUAAUGGACGAACAUAGCUUGUAAUGGUUACGAACUUCCCUCGUGAUCGGAUGGCGAUAGUGUGCUCCGAAUCGCACCGCCGCGCUGUACCGCUUGAAUUGAUGUUAAUUUCAGACCACACCAUACGUUAGUGAGUUGUCACUAUUGUAAAUCGUAUGUUCAUGAUGACACAACAUUUUUACGUACAGUCGUCACCGCGAUCGACUGUUGGUCAGUCACAUUAGGCGUAGGUUUCGGUGGAUGCGCGGGCACGACUGUUUUUCGACGGACGCUGUUCGUUUCGUUCGGUCUGUUUUAUUAUCGUUCUGUGUUCACCCACGGACCACUGUUCUGUGAUGGUGUAUGACGCGCUAGAUUUGCGUCUUGUGAAGAUGUCAGGUUAGAUGGGCGCAUUUUACGUGUGCCAUUUGAGACGGGUCACCCGGCAUCUCCGUGUUACGUGUCUCCCAGUUCAGACAUGGCUAUCAGUUAUAGUAUGCAUGGAGUCCCUGUGCAUUCCUGGGUCAUUUUCAGGGAGCUUAGAGUCGAACAGAUUGCGAUGUGAAAAUCAGGAGUUUCGAGUAUUUUGGACUUGCGGCCUUGGCAAGCCCCUCACGCCGCUAAACGGCCCGUUUAAAAGUACUUUUUCCUUCCCAGUGUUUUAUUAUAUACUUUCGUGACAAAGUCCAUCAGCAUCAGCCAAGCAGCAUGUGUUCUGAUUAAUUAUCCUUUUACCUCGGUACAUGUUUUCCAUGUCGUUAUGUCUCACAAAAGUCGAAGCACAAUGGAAUAUUUAUCAAUGUGGUUCUGUGCCAACCGUAUGUGUAGCUGUGGUCCAAUAUAUCACGUGAAGUGUCACGGCCAGCAUGAU